AAGGCGAUGAGCUCGCAGCGCGGCAACGUGUCACGGCGGCGGCCGCAGCGCUACCAGAACGCGCACGGCUUCCGCAACGACAAGUACGACACGAGCGCCCGGCAGAAGAAAAUAAAUGCCAAGCUUCAUGAUGGAGUGUGUCAACAUUGUAAAGGUAUCUUGGAGUGGCGGGUAAAAUUCAGCAAGUAUAAACUACUAUCCCAACCCAAGAAAUGUGUCAAAUGCCUCCAGAAAGCUGUAAAAGAUCCUUACCAUAUUAUUUGCCGACCCUGUGCUUGUAAGCUAGGAAUUUGUGCUAAAUGUGGAAAAGAAGAAGACAUUGUAAUUCCGAUUCAUGAAGAACAAGAGAGAACUGAGAGUAAGGCUGUUGAAAAUGGCCAAGAGAGAAGUGAAUUGGAGGAUGAAGUGGAUUUUGAAGCAAACUCCAGUAGUACAGACAAUGAUGAAGAUUCUGAUGUGCUUGAAGAAAGAUUUAAAAGCAUGAAUUUUGRAAGGACAGAUGUCUAAAUGUUUCUGCUCCAGAAAGAGAAUAAAUUAAAAUAUAGUAAGCUGAUAUUUGCCUUGAAUUUCUGUUCAGAAAGCCUGGUUUGACCUAUACAGUCCUUGCCGAUACAAGUUGCCACUUUGUCCAUUGAUGCUUGUUUUGGAAAGAGGGGAAGAGGAGGGGCAUUAAUAAAUAUAUAUGCCCAUAUUAAAGCAGGCAUUCUUGUGUAAAGAUUCAGAACUUGAAUCUUCAAGCAUUUUGGAAUCUUCAAGUUUUUUGGAUAUAUAUGACAACUUCUUUGUCUCUGGAAUAAAGUCUCUUUGUGGAAUUGUUCAAAAUUCAAUAUUAUGUGACUGUUAUAUAGCCACUUGGAAAGCUAUGUGGAAAACAUGUAGUGUACAUAUAAAGGGUCCUGUCAUAAAAAGGGAAAAGCUAAACCAGCUAUGGCAGUUUUCUGAAGGAAAAACUUGAGACUGUGUUMGUGAGCUUCCAAACAGAGCUGAGAAGUCAAGUGCCUGUCACUGUCUUGCCUGCUGCUUUUUUGCAUGCAGAAAGGGCCUGAAUGCCAUCUUUGUUGCAGUUCAUGAGCAUUUUAUAUUUAUUUACUCUAUACAGAUAUAGAUUUAAAG